CUUCCUGAGAGUCUGCACGGCUUCCUCCCCGGAGCUGCAAGCCGCUGGUGGCCGCGCUGAGCGGCUGGCCGAGGGGGAGUGGCGGCGGCGGCGGCGGCUCGGAGGCUUCCCAUGGGGGGCUCCCGGCACCCCAGGGCCCUCUGGUGGGCUCUGCUCGUGCUGCUGGCCGAGGGGCGAGCGGACGCCGCGGCGGGCGGCAGGGGCAGGAGCAACAUAAUCCUGAUCCUGGCGGACGACCAGGACGUGGCGCUCGGGGGCAUGACCCCGAUGAAGAAGACGCAGCUGCUGAUUGGCCAGGCAGGGGCAUCCUUUGCCAACGCAUUUGCAGUCACUCCUUUGUGCUGCCCGAGCCGCAGUAGCAUCCUCACCGGGAGUUACCCUCACAACCACCUGGUGAGAAACAACUCCUUGGAGGGGAACUGCAGCAGCCCUGCCUGGCAGAAGUUUCAGGAGCCCUACACCUUCCCAGUUUACCUGCAGAAGCAAGGCUACCAGACUUUCUUUGCCGGCAAGUAUCUCAACCAGUAUGGAGACCCCAAGGCAGGCGGCGUUCAGCACGUCCCCAUGGGCUGGACCUACUGGCUAGGCCUGGUGGGGAAUUCCAAGUAUUACAAUUACACCCUUUCGGCCAACGGGCGCGAGGAGAAACACGGGGCGCUGUACGAAGAGGACUAUCUCACCGACCUCAUUACCAACCGGAGCCUGGCAUUCCUGCAAAAGUUCUCUCGCACACCCUUCCUCAUCGUGCUGUCCCCUCCUGCCGCCCACUCCCCGUGGACCGCGGCCCCUCACUACAAGUCGGCCUACCGCACCAUAACAGCGCCACGCGAUGGGAGCUUCAACGUCCACGGGAAGGACAAGCACUGGCUGUUGAGGCAAGCGAAGACGCCCAUGUCCAACACGUCCAUUCAGUUCCUGGACAACGUGUUCAAGGCCCGGUGGCAGACGCUGCUUUCUGUGGACGACAUGGUGGAGAAGGUGCUGGAUGAACUGAAGGCGCUCGACCUGCUGGGCAGCACGUAUGUGUUCUACACGUCAGAUCAUGGUUACCACACAGGUCAGUUUUCGCUGCCCAUUGACAAGCGGCAGCUGUAUGAGUUUGACAUCCGGGUGCCACUGCUAGUGCGGGGACCAGGCAUCAAACCAAAUCAGACUUACCUGGAGCCCGUCCUCAAUAUCGAUCUGGGACCAACCUUCCUGGACAUCGCAGGACUCAACAUGUCUCAGAGCCCCAUGGAUGGCCAGUCUUUCUUGCCCCUGUUGGUGAACAAAGAACAGCGCGACGGCUGGCGAUCGGAUUUCCUGGUGGAGUACACCGGGGAAGGGUGCACGGGCAAGGACCCCCAGUGUCCCACCUUGGGGCCAGGAGUCUCGCAAUGCUUCCCCGACUGCGUCUGCGAGGACGCCUUCAACAACACGUACGCCUGCGUGCGCACGCUGCGUCCCCACGACUUUCAGUACUGUGAAUUUGCGGACACCCAGAAUUUUGUGGAAUUCUACAACCUGACAUCAGACCCACACCAGCUGCUCAACGUGGCCAAGUCCGUGGACCCUUCACUGCUGGAGCAGAUGAAUCAGAGGCUGAUCAAGUUCCAGGCCUGUGCUGGGGUCAGCUGCCACUUCUGACGGCCCCGAUGCCUCUCUGACCAUGCCAAGAACUCAGAAAGCCCAGCUCUGGGUCUCCUCGCUUUCUCUCUCUCUCUCUCGGUCUAGUUGCAUCGUUCCUCUUUUCUCCACCGUAAGCCAGUCUGGGGCUGAUUUUCCAUUCCUGAUCUUUCCCUGGUCCCUGACUAACCUUGCCGGAGAGUUUGCUGGCAGAGGAGUGGCAGGGAAAUCUGGAUGGGAAGCCAAGUCUCUGCCCCCUACCCCCGUCAGAAUGGCAGGCGUCAAGUUCCCACCCUCUUUUUGCAAGUCGGUCUUUGCCACUCAGAAAGGGGUAAGAGGCAGAUCUGGCCUGGAAGCAAGAAGCUGCUGACUCCAACCCGGAGGCAGGCGAGGGGAGGCAGAAGGCCGGCAUCCACUGGGGGUCAGGCAAGAGUUUUGACUCCUUCGGUUUCGCAGUGGCAGUAACCAAACAGGGCUUGAUUUUUGCCCGGGAGGUCUGUGCACUCAGUUCUGGUCCUCUGACCCAAGUCCCAGGGCCCGGAGCCCUUUGGUUCUGAAUGCACUUCUUCUGCCUCGGGCACCCUUGGUGGCACUCAGGGUUGUGGCGGUGGAAAUAACAAUCACCCGAACGAAGUUGUUCCCUCAAGUGUGAAGUCUGCACCCUGCUGCCUUAAGAGGGCAGGUGGCAAUGGGCGAACUGUUCUCUCCCCCCUGCUCUGCCUUGGGGGUGGGCAGGAUUUGCUUCCCCCUGUAGAGAGCAACCCUGUGGCCCCUGGACAUCGUUUGAGGGGCCCUGGGAUCCCUCAAUUUCCCAGUUUGGAGGCUGGAAACAGCUCUGCCCUCGGAGCUUGGGAUCUGCGCUUCAGUCCCUUUACCAGCCCUGCAGCCGGUGCAGAAAGAACUGGACUGGCUGCUUCUACGAGGUUGGGAAAUGGGCCCCGGAGAAGGCAUGAAGAGGCCUCCUUUGGGGACAGGGAGAGGAGGCGGCUGGGGCUGCCAGGCAAUGAGGCGUCCUGGGGGCCUCCAGCCCCCUUCCCCCUCCUAGAGGAAAGCAGCCCCCUGAAUUGCAGAAGGGGAGGUGGCUCUCAUCUGGACGCUCGUUAAGCUCUGGGUUUCGGGGCUUAGGGUCACCACGGGCACGGUCUGUGCAGUUGCACCCUUCGUCACUGUUCAGUCCUCCCCUUCCUUGCCGAGACCAGGGAGGCUACAGCCCUGCUGUGACUUUAACUCCUGUGCACUUAGAAAUGUUUCUUACGUUCACUGUCCCCAGUGCAUGGAGGCUCCGGCAGCAGACGUGUUGUCUGAACUGUGCCCUUGCACUGUUACGCUGUGAAAGGAAGUUGAAUAAAGGACCUGUUUAUUAGAAA